AUGAGAAACUAAACUAUACCCUCAAUAAACAAUAGUGUAUUGCAAGAAAUCAAGUUAGAAAGGAAAAGGAUUCAAGUUAUCAUGAAGAAGUCUCCAGUCUUCAAAAAUCCUGUCAUAUUCAUGAUGCUUUUGGACUGUAUUGGAAUGAUUAUUACAAUUGUUGCGACUGUCCAUAUAAAGACAAAUUAGGCUGACGAGAGUGGCAGCAAAGACUCAAAGCAUUAUGAGUAGUUUAUGAGCAAUUUUAGAAUGUCUAUUGCUCUGAUUGUACUCCAAUUUGUUCGAAUGGUUUUGAUGAUAGUUGGAGAGUGUGUCAGGAGCAGAUAUUACUCCUCAAGGAUUGAGGUUAAACAUAAUUAUCAAGUAUUAAUAUUCAUUGCUAGAUAUUUAUACACUCUCCUUACAAUUUUUCCCUUCAUUGUAUACUGUUAUUUCACUUAGUCUUUAGAUGGACUACCUUUUUGGCUUCCAACUAUAAUUUUAGCAGUAGAAGAAGUGCCAGGCUUCAUGUUUGUUAUAUAUUUAUCCGUAGUAAAAGAUAGUCAAGUUAAGUCUUAUCUUUAAAAGUAAUAGAAAGCAAAAGCUUUAAGAGAAAAUGCAAUAAAAAACACUGAGAUGAAGUGUGAACAUAAUGAAACAAAUAUGCGCUUAUCAGUGAUAGAAAUGAGUGCAGAAAAUGAUACAUAUCAUAAUAUGAUUCUUGAGGAUUAAAAUUUUGAAAUGAUUCAACAGAUAAAUGAGGAAGCUGAUAAGUAAGUUCAGGUAAUGAAUUUUAUUGGCCAUUAGUAGUAAAUCAAUUUGCCACAGGAAAACCUUACCUUAAAACUACAAAGAGAUGAUAGUGUCUCAGUAGAAAAUGAAGAGUAUAAGGACUAGAUAGACCAAUUGGAUUUCUUCUAUUAGAUAAGAGAUAGAAAUCAUUCGAUGCCAUUAAACAGAUUCUAUGAUCCUAAUAAUAGAUUCAAAAUGUUCAACUCAAAUAAUUAACUUCAAAGAAUUGAUGAAGAAAAUGGACCCUAUCUUCAUAAAAGCCAUUAAUAAAGAUUUGGAUCAUUUCAUCAACACAGGCCACUAAAUUCUGACAGACUUGCUGGAACAAAAUCAGAGUACUAACAUAAAUAUACAUUGAGAGACAGAGCAGCAGAAGACCGAAAGUAUAGCUUCUCCAAAUCUAUGUUAGAUCAAAGCUAUAUUAAAACUGGUUCAACUAAAGCGAAGUCUUGUUCAAGUUGUCAUAUUUCUGAAUCUUGGUCCCCUAAUGAUGCGAAGGUGAUAAACAGGGUUAUUUAGAUUCCUUAGAGAAUCAUUAGAAAGUAAACUUUUAAUGAAAGAAGAAUAGGAAUCAUUUGA